CUCUGGUUUUAUUAUUAAUGACAGAUGUGUUUAAGCAAUUUAUUCAAUCAAGCACGAUUGGUAACUUGAUUGAUAAAGUCAAGCCAAUUGAACAGCAAAGAGAUUUGAUUGACCUGCCCGCAACAGCAACUAUUGAAGAAGCACUAGACUUGUUAUUAGCAGAAGAUAUCAAGUCUGUACCCAUUUAUGAGCUUAACCAAAAUGAAAAAAAGUACAUAAUGAUUGUCUCUGCCUUAGAUUUGCUUAGACUCAUAUGCAGUCAAGUAAGGGAGAAAUGACAGCUCAUGGCCAAUACAAUAACCAUAUAAUAUUAGAUUACAGAAGAUAUCAACUCUCA